AUGGGUGACGCUGGCAUGCCUCGAUCGCUCGCUGAGAGCUUGGAGAACACAAAGGUCACCUAUGCCCAACUGGGAGCUUCUGGCCUGAGAGUGUCGAUUCCCAUUCUGGGCGCCAUGUCGUUUGGCCACAAGGACUGGCAACCCUGGGUUAUCGAUGAUGAAGCCGAAGUGGACAAACUCCUCAAAGGCGCCUACGACCGCGGGCUCAACACCUGGGACACGGCCAACGUCUACUCGAACGGGGAGUCGGAACGCAUGAUUGGCCGGGUGAUCAAGAAACACAACAUCCCCCGCCAUAAACUGGUGCUGCUCUCAAAAUGUUUUGGCACCGUCGGCGAGGAGCCGGGCGUGGUCCACGUCAAGUACCCGGAGCAGAUCCGCCAGAGCAAGGACUACGUCAACCAGGGCGGGUUGUCGAGGGCCGCCAUCUUCAACGCCGUCGAGGCGAGUCUGGAGCGGUUGGGCACGAGUUACCUUGAUCUCUUGCAAAUCCAUCGAUUCGACAAGAGCGUGCCGGUCGAGGAGACGAUGAAGGCGCUUCACGACCUCGUCCAGAGCGGGAAGGUCAGGUAUAUCGGCGCCAGCUCCAUGUGGGCCUACCAGUUCGCCAAACUGCAACAAGCCGCCGAGACGCACAACUGGACCAAGUUCAUCUCCAUGCAAAACCACUACUCGCUGUGCUACCGCGAAGAGGAGCGCGAGAUGAACCCCUACUGCCACGAGACCGGCGUGGGCCUCAUCCCCUGGGCACCGCUAUACCGCGGGCUCUUGGCCCGUCCGCUCGGCAGCGACGCCACCGCGCGCGAGGAGUCCAUGAAGGGCAACCCGAUGUUCGGCGGCAUGGAUCCCACGGACAGGGAGAUCAUCCAGCGCGUGCAGGACCUCGCACAGAAGAAGGGCUGGAAGAUGAGUCAGGUCGCGCUGGCGUGGAUCAUCCAGAAGGGCACGAUCCCCAUUGUCGGGUUCAGUAAUCUCGCGAGGUUGGAGGAGGCCGUCGCGGUCCGGGGCAAGACGCUCACUCCCGAGGAGAUGAAGAGCUUGGAGGAGCCGUAUCAGCCGAAGGCUAUCGUGGGGCAUUCGUAG